GCAUAUCGCUCUAACCAAAUGGAUUAAAGUUAGGUCUACUGACUGUAUCACCUGGCUAAUUAAUUCAAUUUUGGAACAUAUUGCUUCAUGAAUCUGCAGAUCUAUCAAACAGUUGGCAGCAUUGGACCGAAUCCUGUAUGGAGUUUGCUGCUGCUAUGCGGAAUGUCGUCUUCAUCUCGUUUCUACUCAACGCCGUCUUCAAGGCAGCCGUCAUCGCGGGUACAGAGACUGAGAUCAUCUGUGAGGGGCAGAAUGGAGUUAUUGACUGUGGUGUGGAUAUUAUCAGUAUUUCUUCCUCUGUCUAUGGGCGGACCGACACCAACACGUGUGCCGAGGAUGAUUCCAACACCAAUUGUGUCUUAGAUGUGGCCCCUGAAUUGGCUUACUGCAAUGGUCAAGCACAGUGUUCGAUUGAAGCCUUAAACCUUUCUUUUGGAGAUCCAUGUCAAGGAGUCCUCAAGUAUCUGAAUGUCACAUACAUCUGCAAAGAUUCUGUCUGUGAAGCUGAUUGGGUCCAUAAUAAUGGAAGCUGUUACCUGUUCCAUGAAGAACGGACUACUUGGGAAAGCGCCAGAGAAUUUUGUCUAGGACUUGGUGCUGACUUGGUCAGCAUACACAGUGCAGAGGAGAAUGCAUUUGUAAAUGAUGGAAUUUCAGGUAAUGCAUGGAUAGGAAUAACUGAUCAGGAAAGCGAAGGAGUGUUCUCGACAUUUACAGAUGGAACUCCAAUAGACUUCCAAAAUUUUCCUGGUACCGCUUCCAGUCAUCAGGGUGAAGCAUAUGAUUGUGCUUUUAUAAAUCUUACACAUGGACAAUGGUCUUGGAGGGACUGCGAAAAUCGAUACCUUGCUGUGUGCAAACAUGUCUCUGCCAUCACCAGCACCAUUCACCCUAUUACAACUCUACAUACCACUCCAUCAGUGACAACAACACCAGCAAUUCAAGAGAUUGUUCCUACACCAUUUAAUGGCACACAGUUGCAGGCAACGACCCAACCUUCUACAACAAUUAAUAAUGAUGAAGUGCCAUCUUGUGAUGCUACAAGUGCAACCAACAUAGGAUCUAGUUAUCUAUGCAUAGAGCUUUUUCUUCUUCCCGAUUAUGUGUCCAGUAUUGACAACAUCUUCAGGGUGAAUGACACCGUCAUUGCGAUGGCAUCUGUUCUGGGGUCCUUUCAACCGCUGUCAUCUGAAAUCGUGUGGUCCAUCACAAACCAUCUAUCAGGCGACCCGGUUCAAUACACAGUCUACUCUGAAGAUGCAGUGCUCGUCCUGUUCACCACGACUUCAAUCUUCACCAUUGAAGCGACGGCUGUCGGGACUGACUCUCAAGACCUUGCAGCUACCGCAUCUGCAGCGGUACUUCCCGCAAUCCAGAUCCUCUGCCCAACUCAUGUCUAUGCAAGCAGGGAGGUUUGGUGCGCUCUCCUAACAGACAGUGUUGUCACGCAUUCAAACUAUACCUUUUGUUUUGACAGCUCCGAGGACUCCUGCUCAAUAGCCAAUCCAAGAUCAUGGUCUUUGGAUGACGUCCCUUAUGAGUUGAUGGACAGGGUUUCUGUUAUGGAUGGGUUUCUUGCUAGCUUUCUUAAUCACACAUAUUCAGGAGUUGGGUCUUACAUGGUGACUGCCGAGAUAUUUCAGACUUUGGCUACAGCAGUUGAAGUAAAUGUGACUGUAGACCAUGAGUGCAUCAGCAGCCUCAGGAUGGUGAAGGGGCAUGGCAACACCACCCAUCCUGCUGUGUUUCUCAGAGCCUCAGAGAUCGCCAUCUCGGCCCACAUUGAACUGGAUGAAAAGUGCAUUGGCCCCAUGACCUCUGACUUCAAGUGGUGGAUAUUCGCAUCUACUGUAGAUGAUGUAGUGAUUGCUUUUGAAAAGACCACACAUACACCUCAAGUGACAAUUCCAAGCGGAACGCUACCCUAUGGUAUUUAUAGCCUCAAUCUGAAAGCUGAUACUCAUCUAAGAACAUCAGAUGAAGUGAUUGGUGAAGUAAAGAUCAUCACUUGGUUGGAGAUCCAACCAUCUCCAUUGGUAGCUUUUAUCAAGGGUGGAGCUUCACGAUCUCAUGGUGUAUCUUCAAACUUGACAGUUGAUGGAGCGAACUCAUAUGACCCCGAUGUGAACCUUAGGUCAUCCAGUGACCUGACCUUUCUAUGGUACUGUGUAAUUGUUGAUCCUGACAUCAUGUACUCAUCUCUUGAUGCAGCACUACAAAAUACAGAUGAUGCUUGUUUUGAAGGUGAAGAAAUCAUGAUGAAUUCAUCCUCUUCCAAGGUUGAAAUAAUUACCAGCGAACUUCAGGCCAAUGUGAUUAUGAACCUCUGGCUCAUUGUUUCAAAGGAUGGAAGAACAUCCGACUCGACCCAACAAAGAAUCCAGUUAACACUGGGGCUAUUGCCAGAAAUAGAAAUCAGUUGCAUAAGUAACUGCAAUAUAUACUUCUUCACGGCUGAGCGUCUGGUCCUACAUGCCUCAUGCGGCAACUGUGACAGUGAGAAUGAAGAUGUAGUGUUUCGAUGGAGCCUUGAAUCGGGUCAUACCUCUGUUAUAGGUGAUUUGUCUUCCCAGACUUCUACAGGGCUUGACCAACCCUACCUGGUUGUCAAGCCUCACACAUUUGAUUCUAUAUCUGCAACGGGUAGCAUCAUCAUACGAGUUACUGGUUACCAUUCCAACUCCAGUUCAGACGGCUAUGCCGAAUUCAGCGUCAAAUUCAAUGCUCCACCCACAUCAGGCAGCUGUUUCGUAACACCCAUAGAUGGAUAUGCCCUACAAACAGACUUCACUGUCACAUGUCAAGGUUUCACUGAUGUGGAUGAUCCCUUAACAUAUGAGAUGGUGAUAUACAGCAGUGUGGAUGCAGUGGAUGGGGACUUUGUGGGCCUGGGAGAAGGUUUUCAACUUUAUGAAGGCAGUGAGUCAUCGCACGAUGGUCUGUAUCUCCCAGUUGGAGAUGGUGCACAUGAUUAUACUAUUCUACUUCAAGUUAAUGUGAUAGAUUGUUUCAUGGCUAGUACAUCAGUCUUCCUGAGUGCUAAAGUCCACCCUCCAACCAUAGAUACUGGAGGGGAAAAUGGUACUCAGGAACUACUGAACAUGACAUCAUCUGUUGAAUUCAAUGUGAACACAUUGUUAGCAGUAGGAGAUACAGGACAAGCUGCACAGCUCAUCAGUGCUCUUGGGUCCAUUCUUAAUUCCAUUGGAGAUGGGGAGGAUGAUGCUGAGGAUAAUGAUGAAUGGAGAGACACCAGAUCAGAGAUUCGUUCUUCUCUCGUUGACUCUGUUGCUGCCAUACCGGUAGAGUCUAUGUCAUCUCUGAGACAGAGCUCGGCUGCUCUAGCUGUCGUAACUCACAACAAGCGAGAGAUUUCUACUGAUGUACAGGUGAAAGCUGCAAAUGCGCUCUCCGAGAUGACAUCCUUCCUGAAAGCAGAGUCUGGGUCUUACACUCAAAGUCAAGGAACCAUCGAGUCGGCGGGUACCAUUCUUGUAGAGGGGUUAUCAAACAUUUUCAGUGCUGCCAAGGAAACAGAGAGUCUUCCCUCGGCAAACAACACUUCUCAAGAUGAAGAGGAAUCCAAGGCACAGUCUAAUAAGGAACUGACUGAAGCUGCUGUGUCUGCAAUCAAUGACAUCCAAGAUGCAAUAGUAGCAGGCAAGAUUCCCAGUGAGGAAGCUACCAUCAUUACAUCUCCCACUCUCAGCAUAGCAGUAGGCAGUAUCAGCAGAGACAUGCUCUCAGAGACUACAUUCAGAGGUUCUGAUAAUGAUGAUGGUGAUGCCGGUCUUGGUAGCUUUACGAUGCCUUCUCGUGAUGGAGUAUUAGAUGAUACUCUGAACAGUGCCAAUGGGACAGUAAUUAGUAUGCAGAUGUCGACGUUGAGAUGGAACCCAUUCAGUCGGCGAGCUGGAGGGGAAUCUCUUAAUCCUAGUAUCGUAGGAAUCCAACUAAAAGCAGAUCAAAAUACAUUACAAGUCCGAAACCUGUCUGAUUACAUCAGUGUGUACCUACCAGUAGAAGAACCCCUAUCAAAGGAUCCCCUCUCUUUCCACAUCACCAAGGACUUCUCAGCUUCUCUUCUUGUCAACCAUUCCUCUAUACCUGAGGAUGGAGCCUUGCACCUGAUAGUCAGAGCUGAGAAUGAACCCACGGUUACCCUGUCGAUCUGUACAGCCAAUAUCAGUAUCAAUGAGACAAGCUGUGUGGGAAAUGCUAUGGUAGUAAGAUCCAGCAACGAGGACCUGAUGAACACUGCUGCUAAUUUCACAUGGAGUGUCUCUGCGGCUGACUUGAGAGCUGCGGAUGGGAUGAUGAUCAGUCUAUAUGAUGGUAAAGAUCAGCCUGUCUAUGAACAUGACAACAUCACUCUCUCUAUUUUCAUGCACACGCCACAGUGCACUUUUUGGAAUGAAGACGUGCAGGCUUGGGGCAGCGCAGGAUGUAUGGGCGGUCCUCUUUCAAGUCCCACCAGAACCCACUGCCUAUGCAACCACCUCACCUUCUUUGGAUCCUCGCUCUUCGUCCCACCAAACAAGAUCAACAUCUUCAAGGAUGCCAAGCUGUUUCUUACCUUCGUAGAUAACCCUAUCGUAGUGAGCUUUGUAGCUUGCGUCCUGGCAGGCUUUGUCUUGGUGGCAGUGUGGGCAAGAAGGAAGGACAAGAGAGAUGCAAGAAGAGCUGCAGUCACUGUUUUAGAAGACAACGACCCCUACCACCAAUACCUCUACAAUGUCACUGUAGUAACAGGCAUUCGCCGUGGAUCAGGCACCACAGCAACUGUUACCCUCACACUGACGGGCAAGGAAGGUCAAAGUGAUCCACACGUCCUGCAUGACAGUUUCUCACCUAUCUUGGACAGAGGGUCAACGGAUUCAUUUCUGUUGACCACUGCCAAAGGCCUUGGGGAUAUUCAGGCUUUAAGACUGUGGCAUAACAAUGCAGGCAGUAGUCCUAAUUGGUAUGUGAGCCAUUGCAUAGUCCAUGAUCUAGAGAGUGAUGAGCGCUACUAUUUCAUCUGCAACAGCUGGAUGAUGGUGGAGUUUGGAGGCGUUGGUCUGGACAACACCUUCCAUAUAGCAUCAUCCAAAGACUUGCACAAAUUUGGACACCUGUUUACUGCACAGACUGUACGUGAUCUCCGUGAUGGCCACCUCUGGCUGUCGGUCCUGAUGCGUCCAAAGCACAGCAACUUCACCUGUCUGCAGCGGGUGUGGUGCUGCCUGUCCUUGCUCAUGUGCUGCAUGAUGACCAGCAUCAUGUUCUAUGGCAUUCCGAAUGAUCCGGCCGAUCAAGUCAUGGACUUUGGGACGUUUCGAAUCACCAUCAAAGAGAUCAUCAUCGGCAUUCAGAGCUCUCUCAUCGCCUUCCCUGUUAAUCUCCUUAUCGUUCAGAUCUUCAGACACAUCAGACCUAGUUUAAAGGUGCGAACAGCUGCUCAUAGAGAGAACGACAUGGUCAAAUCAAAGCCUGACAUUGCCCAUUCACUUUCUAGUAUUGACUUGGCCAGAAAGGAAGAUGUGGAGAGUGACUCAGCCGACCAUAAUGUCACAUCGACGAGCAUGUCAAAAUCAUUCCAAAAUGAGGAGAGAGAAACCUUACCAGGUCAUCUACAAUCACCAGAAAAGUCAUCUCAUCAUUGGGUCGGCGGAGGAGAUAGUUCUUCCACAUCUUCUAAAGAUGACAACCCUGGGAACUCUUCGGCUUCUUCCUCUACCACUACUCUGCCAUCCCGCAUCUCUUUUAAUAGUUCCAUGUUCCGCCAGGAGAUGGAUGAUUUUGUCUUACGAUCUGUCUCUGCAGUCAUGAAAGAAUGGGGCGGUGACAAGCGUUCCAAGCGCGUGGAGAUAUUCGGACAUGGAGGAUUAGACAAAGUAGACCGACCACAGAGUGAAGCAAAAGAAGACACAACUUCUCGAUCAAUCCAAGAGGACCCUAAACAAUUGAAAGAGGAAAUUGAUCUUGCAGAAUGUAGCAGAGAUUCCCCAGAUGAUCUUAAGCCACCACAGAUCCGUGGUGUCACUCACAACUACUACCUAUACUCGCGUUUGCUGGAUAUGGUCAAGGGACUGUCCUUAGCAGACAGGUUCUAUGACCCUGAGGAACAUAAGAAAGCUUUGAGCGAGGCACAGACCAUUGUCAUGACAGCAAUGAAAAUUGACACACCUCCUACAUCGCCUGAUGAGUCUCUGCUCUCUGAGGAUGUUUCUCUUGAAAAGAUUAAGCUGAAACAGAGAAUCAGGGGUCUUCCGCAUGCCUGUGUGUACAUUGCUUGGCUGUUGGUGUUCUCCACUGUGCUCGCUUCUUCAUACAUCACAAUGCUGUAUGGUCUCAAGUACGGCAAACAAUCCAGCAUCGACUGGUUGAUCUCUCUGUUUAUAGCUACCUUUCAGAGCAUCUUUAUCACACAGCCCAUCAAGAUUCUCUUUCUUGCUGUUUUUGUAUCUCUCAUCUUCAAACAGAUCGAACCAGAGGAGGAUUUUAGUGAUGAUAUUGAGGAACUUCAAGUGGCUAAUGCCCAAGAGACCCAAAGAGCACUUCAGAAACGAAGGAACACCAUGGCCCAUUACCAACCUCCAGCUGCUUCUGCCAUCCACUCUCACCUGAGGAACAAGCAACUGAAGACCCGCAUGUAUUCCCUGCUGUGGCAGAUUGCUGGUUUCCUAUGCUUCUUCUAUCUCCUCAUCACCAUCACCUACACUCAGAGAGACAGGCAGGCCUACUGGAUGACCAGAGGAACUAAGGGACUCUUCUUCUAUCACAAGAACAAGGAUUACCACUUGAUGAACGACUUCCGUAGUUUCCUGAAGUGGGCGGACUCAACACUUCUACCUGGCCUACUAAGUGAGAAUAGAUGGGGAGCAGAGAAACAAUCCACAUUGAUAGGAGGGGGUCUGAGACUAAGACAAGUCAGGGUCAAACCAAGUUCCUGUGAAACUCACCCCCUAUUUGUAGACCUGAUCAAUGACUGUCGAGCCCUUUUCACUCCAGAGUCGGAGGACAGAGAAUUAUACAAUGCAUCUUGGAGUCAACCCAUCGUAAACAUGUCUGCCUUGCUGAACUCCUCGCAAACAGUAGAAGAAUGGAGUCUCUCCAACUACUCUCCAUGGCAUUUCUACCCGGACAAAGCCGUGGGUAUGUGGGGUCACGCAACGUCGCUUCCAAGCAGUGGCUACAUCUGGGUAUUGGGCUCCAUGUAUGAAGAGGCUAAAGAUUCUUUGGCAGAAAUGGUGGAUGCUCGAUGGCUGGAUGCACGAACCAGAGCACUCUUUGUUGAGUGGACAUCAUACAAUGCAAACACCAAUCUCUUCUGCGUGGUCACUUUCCUCAUGGAGACCCCUGCAUCAGGUGGACUGCUGAAGCUACCUGAAGUUCAGGCAGUCAGGCUGCAUCGUUAUGCUGCUAAUUAUAAACUCUUUGUCAUCCUCUGUGAAAUCCUCUUUGUUGUGGCUCUGUUCUUUGUAAUGUAUCGAGAGUACGUCAGAUACAAGCCCAUCGGGAUCAGGAAGUACUUAAGCGACAAAUGGAACUUGUUGGAAAUUGCCAUCAUCGUCAAUUGCAUUGUAUCUGCUGGUCUGUACAUCUACCGCUAUGUUAUCACGAAGCAGCUCUUCAAGCAGAUGAGGGAUGAAUCUGUUCGCUUUGUAGGUUUCCGCACUGCCGCAACCAGUGACAAUGCUCUUGGCUACAGCUUGGCGGUUAUCAUCAUUCUCAGCUGUGUCAAGUUUCUCUACCUCUUGCGUCUCAACCCUCGCAUGUACCUUCUCACCUCGGUCAUAUCCGACUGCUACCAUGAGGUCAUAGCCUUCACCUUCCUGAUCUUCAUCCUCAUACUGAGCUUUGCUUUUCCCAUGACCAUCAUGUUCGGCAGUAACCUCCCAGACUACCGUGAUAUCACCAAAACGGCUCUCAACCUCUUCAUCACACUGCCAGAUAACUUUGUCUAUGAGGACUUGAAGUCUGUCCAGCGGGAGCUCGGUCCGCUGAUUCUCCUGUUAUUCCAGUUCUUGAGCUGCUACCUGUUCUUAGAUCUUUUGAUAGCUGCUCUCAAUGAAAGCAUGGUGACUAUCAGGAGACAUCCUCCUCCACCUUCAGAGAACAGAAUGCUAGGUCUUCUGCUUCUCUCAAAGAUAUUCUCUUUACUGGGUAUUCCAGACAGGUUUCACAUUAGCCUAGAUUAGUGGAACAACUGUAAAGCAAACUCAUACAAGUGAUUUGUGAUGAAACCGAUUUCAUGUUCUGUUAUCAUUACCUCUUUCUCCCAAGGCUACUUUUUUAGAACUGUAAUUAUCUAAUGAUGAAUAUUCUUAAAAGUUGAAUAAUGCAACUGAGGUUGAUUUUGAAUUCUAUAAUUGUUUAUAAUUUUUUUUAUUCCCGAUCCAAGUCUACUAUAUUGAAGUUCAACAUUCUAAAUAACUCAUGUUAACACCUGAUGACAUCAUGAUUAAAGGAGGAAAUUUGUUGAAUUAUUGAAAGUUAUUUUUAAAAUGUGAUGACUUUUUCAAUGUUCACUUACUUUUGAUAGUAAUUAGAAUUAUUUCAAUGUGAAUGAAAAUAUUUCAAUGCAUUUGGAUAAAUUAGCUUCCAACUCCGAUCAAUUAUUUGCAAAUUCAUAGUUUCAUGUUUCUGUCGCUUGUUUGCUAUAAUUGAAUGAAUUAUAAAUUUUUUAAUGAAGUUUAGAUUUGGAACAAGUUGGCAGAAAAUAAAUAUAUGCCUCCUCUCACGGUUCAAAAGUGUAAAUAGUUGAAUAUUAUCUACUUCGCAGCUUGAAGAUAGUCAUCUGAGGUCCUAAUUUUAAGGAAUUUACAACCAAAGUUAGUUUGAGCAAGAAACUUUAUUGAAGCAAUGUAGGGAUAUGUGUAUAAUUACUGCAAUGUAAUUUACACUAUGACAGUCAAAGGUACUUGUAUGUAUCAACAUAGACAUUUUUAGGCAGCAGUUGAGAGUUGUUAAAAUGAUUUCAAACAUAGUUUGCUCAAAUGUUAUAAUUUUCGUGAGAUUUGGUGUCCAUUUGCUUCUAAAUCUUGCCAAUUAGACGUGUAAAAUAAACAACAAAAUUUCUAACAUGUGAUGGGAAUUAACAUUUUGUUGAAAAAGGCAUUAUGUAUUGAAGUGUUCCACUAUUUUAGAUAUAUCUUCCAUAUAAAUUGCUGCUUAUUCAACAAUUAUGAUGCCAAUGUACGUGUUUUAAAAUGAUUGUAGUCAGUGGAGUAAUGACUUCAUGACUGCGGUUAGUAGAUUUUGAUAGUGUUUCAUGACUUUAAAGAGCUGAAUGUGUUCAAAUUCUGAUCAACAUGUAUGUUGUUUCAUUGGAUCAUUACUCAUGAACUGUGAUAUUCAUGAUAUUUGCAACCAUAGUUAUACACCAAUAUAAUUAUUUUAAAUGAUGGAGAAGAAAUUGAUUUUACAGUGCCCACAUUGCUUCCUGUUAUCGAUGAAUAUUUAAAAGGGAUGAAAUAUAAAUUGCACCUUUCCAUUCUGAUGCUAUAGCCAGUGAUUUAUCCUGCAACUAGACAGUUAUCAAUUCAAUAGUUUGAACUACUUUUGAUUUCUAUGAGAAUGUAUGAAAAUCGGUUGAUCAACUUUUAUUCUUUGCUAUGAACAUAAAUAUGCUCUGUAAACUG